UGAGGGCGGGCGACGGGCCGAAGAGCCGGCGAGAGGCCGAGGAGCCGGCGGCUGCGGGGACCGUCUGCCCGCGGGCGCCUUCAGUACCUCCGCCUGGUUUUGUUCAUGUUCCCAGGAGGGUGUGAAAAGGAGCCAUGGAUCCGGCAGCGCUGGUGGAAGCCGUCGUGGAAGAACUGGCCUGUCCCAUCUGCAUGGCCUACCUGAGGGAGCCCGUGAGCAUUGACUGUGGCCACAGCUUCUGCCACAGCUGUCUCGCUGGACUCUGGGAGGUCCCAGGGGAAUCCCAGAACUGGGGUUACACAUGUCCCCUCUGCCGGACUCCUGUCCAACCAGGGAACCUGAGGCCUAAUUGGCAGCUGGCGAACGUGGUAGAAAAAGUCUGUCUGCUAGGCCUGCACCCAGGAAUGCGGCUGAAGGGGGAUGUGUGUGAGCUCCAUGGAGAACAGCUAAAGAUGUUCUGCAAAGAGGAUGGCCUGAUCACAUGUGAGACCUGCAGCCGGUCCUCUGAGCAUGAGGCCCACAGCGUCGUGCCCAUGGAGGAUGUCGCCUGGGAGUACAAGUGGAAACUCCACGAGGCUCUGGAACACCUGAGGAAAGAGCAAGAAGAGGCCUGGAAGCUGGAAGUUGGUGAGAGGAAACGAACUGCCACCUGGAAGACACAGGUGGAAACCCGAAAGCAGAGUAUCGUGUGGGAGUUUGAGAAGUAUCGGCAAUUACUAAAGCACAAGCCACCGGGUCAGCAGCCGGAGGUAGAGGCAGCCUCAGCUCUCGCCAGCCUGGACCGGGGGGAGAGGGAGACGAGACAGAAACUGGAGCUGAAUCACGAUGCGAGCAAGUCUUGGAGCUUCCAGCGGCCAGAACCAGUCUCCCUGGAACUGAAGACAGAUUGUCGGGUGCCGGGCCUGAGAGAGAUCCUGAAGACGUAUGCAGGGACGAGGAAGGCUUACCCCUCCUUUAUUAGGAGCAAGUCUUGGAGCUUCCAGCGGCCAGAACCAGUCUCCCUGGAACUGAAGACAGAUUGUCGGGUGCCGGGCCUGAGAGAGAUCCUGAAGACGUAUGCAGCUGAUGUGCGCCUUGAUCCAGACACUGCUUAUUCCCGCCUCAUCGUGUCUGAAGACAGAAAGUGUGUGCGCUAUGGAGACACCAACCAGAAACUGCCCGACAAUCCUGAGAGAUUCUACCGCUAUAACAUCGUCCUGGGCAGCCAGUACAUCUCCUCAGGCCGGCACUACUGGGAGGUGGAGGUGGGAGACAGGUCUGAAUGGGGCCUGGGAGUGUGUAAGGAAGAUGUCGACCGGAAGGAGGUGGUCUAUUUAUCCCCCAACUAUGGCUUCUGGGUGAUAAGGCUGAGGAAGGGCAAUGAGAAAGGGGGAGGGUAUUUAUGUGCAUUUAUCUUCCAAGAACCCCAUGAAGACAAGACCUUAUUUGUCUGA